AUGAUAUCAAAGCACAUACCUAGUGAGACCAUUUUGGUCCUCACAUCAGGUGGCAUCAAGUUCCCUCAAACAGAGAAACCCAAACCCACCAACCAGAGACUGGAUAGCCUGGUGAAAUGCCUAAAGUCGGAAAUCAAAGUUGUUGGGAUUAUCCAGAUCCUGUGUGGGUUGAUGAGGUUGAGCUUGGGACUCAUUUUGAUAUCUUCUUCCUCCUCUUCUCAAUUCACUCCACUGUUUUCCAACCUGUUGAACGCUGGUUAUCCAUUCACAGGAGCCAUCUGUGUUCCGAGCAGCUUAAUUACAAAAAUUCUGAGUUGUUCAUUUGCUGUAGUGGGUUUCAGUAUCCUCUAUAUUGGUCUGGUUGCUUUGGGCCAUGCCUCACAGCAGGGUGACUUGGAUAGAGGUUAUGCCAUCCUUAUGGUUCUUUAUCCUUUCUGGUUUGAGAUUCUGGGGGAAGGACAGGGCUAUGUAAAGGAAAGGGGAUGA